CUGUCAAGUUGAUGAAUAACAAAAACAGAAUAUCUUGAGAGAGCCUUUUGGAGAGAGCUGAAAAUAAGGAUGUCUCUUGUGGCAUACGAUUAUAGUAGCGGUGAAGAGAGUGGUGAUGAUGGAGAUUCUGCAGUGGCUGUGGAGACGCUGAAAAUUACGACAGCAAGUCGCCAGGAGCUUCCCAUCAGUGACGAUGAAGAACCAGCAUCAAGUGCUGUCAGCAAUCUGAUGUUCAAUUUACCAGCUCCCACUAAGGAUAGACAGAAACAAAUCCUAGAGGAAGAUGAUGAUGAGUUCUUGAGAAUCAAAGCCACUCCAACACAAAAUCCGCCCCCAAAACGAGGCCCUGUGCGCAUAUCCAUUCCUUCCCUGUCGCAGUUCAAGGAUCUGAAGGAUGCAGAGGCGGAAUGCAAGGAGAAAAUCCAGCAGAAGAGCAGAGGAAGUGACUUGCUGAGUUUAUUGCCGAAGCCACUAUCAGAAACUCUAUUCCAACCCACGAAAACCACGGCAGAUGGGGUGAAAAAGCGCAAUAGUUUGGUUCCGGACUCCGUGAUUAAUCGCCAAGCAAAGCAGAAGGCACAGAAAGCAACUAAAGCUCAGGAGAUCGAGGACGAUAGCGACGGCAGCGAUACUGGAGAUGACUUUUUCCGCUUGAACACUAAUGAGGAACUUCCAGAAGUCAGUAAGAAUGAGAUAACAGUCUUGGUGGCAAAGAAAGCGGCUCAAAUUGCGGCCACGAGUUCUAAAUUUGAGCAGCAAUCUCAGAUUGAGGAGAGAGAGGUGUCUCCAGAUGAAAUUCCAGUUGAGGACGCUCUCAUUGAUGACACAGCCUAUGAGAAACUCUGUGGAGGUAGCAAGAGGGCAAAGCGUGCUCGUCUGGAUGAAAUUAAUGUGGUAGACAUCAGGAGUACUGAUGUUAUGCCCACGCAAGAGGAAUGGAUGCGCCAUGCAUUGGCCAACUCGACGGAAAUGCCUACAGCCAAACCCGCCGCUGGUGCUGACGCUAGUGGUCUGAGCAAGAGGAAGCACCAGAUCACGUACUUAGCCUACCAGGCGAAGGCCAACGAGCAGGAAUUGCAAGCAAUGUGGGCAGCCAAUCGUCAGACCAGAAGACAGACGCAGAGCAAGUACGGUUUCUAAAGCCAGGGUGAGUGUUUCUUUGCGAAUAAAUCUCUUGAUUCAAUC